AUUUUAUUCACUUCUCGACCCGAGUUCCUUCCGACGCUGUGCCCUAGCAUUUUAUUCACUUCUCGCCGCGAGUUCCUUCCGACGCUGUGCCGCAGAUUCUCUUCUUCCCGACGCUGCCCACUCCCUCUUCCUCCCGACGCUAGGACGCUACUCGCCGCAGAUCCUCUCCCUCUCUGUGCCCUAGCGCCCCUUCCCCCCUCCCUAUCUCCUCUUCUUCCCGACGCUAGGAAACUACUCGACGCAGAUCCUCUUCCUCCCGACUUCCUCCCGACGCAGCCCCAACUCGCCGCAGAUCCUCUUCCUCCCGACUUCCUCCCGACGCUACCCCCUGCAGAAGCCCUCCUCUUCCUCCUUCCCUGUGCCCUAGCACCCCUUCCUCCCGACGCUGUGCCCUAGCUCCUCUUCCUCCAGCUCCUCUUCCUUCCGACGCUGCCGUAGAUAAGCAAUUACAACCUUCCAACACUUCCAGAAGCAACAAGUUAGGUUCUCGAAGCCCUUUGACUAUUUUUCACACAAGGAAGAUCUAGGAAGCGAACGGUGAAAAAGAAGAUAUUUACCAAUUCGGCCUCAUUCUUCUAGAGAUUGUCUCAGGGAAACCUCCAGGGUCUAAUACUCAGGAUCUGUGGUAGAAUAAAUACAUUCAAGAAUCUAGCAAUAACAUGUCAACCGGUCCUGGCCUAGAGUCAUUGGUAAACCAAACUAUCUCAAUCAUCACAAAUGAUGGGCGCAUCAUUGUUGGAACUUUGAGAGGCUUUGACCAGGCAACAAAUAUCAUCCUUGAUGAAUCACAUGAGAGAGUUUACUCCACUAGGGAAGGGGUACAACAACUCGCCCUCGGGUUGUAUAUUAUAAGAGGGGAUAACAUAAGCGUUGUUGGAGAGUUGGACGAAGAGCUGGAUCUAGUGAAUGACUUGUCCAAAAUUAAGGCACAUCCCCUUAAGCCUGUAAUACAUUAAAUGGUGGAAGUACUGAUGCUGAUGCACACACAAUAUUAGAUGUUGAACUAUACACUGCAGUUCUUAAAAAUCAGGGGAUUCUUGCAUGUUUGUAGAAUGUUUUUUGUUCUUCAGAAACCUAGUUGUGUAGCAACCCUCACCGUGAGUGUUUGCUAUGCCAAUUGAAAAUGUCAGCUGUUUAUCAGCUCGAAGAAUCAGUAUUCAUUUUCUGAACAUCUUUAAAUAACCUUAUUUGCUGA